AUGGCGUAUGAACGCAUUUUGCAGGUAGCUUUGUGCUUUUCAUUUGUGAUGUGCUCACAAAGUAAUGUUUUUCUACCUCCAUAUUGGAACAAUAUAAUGAAUCGCAUUCGAAUUCAAAACAAUGUAGUGACUCCAUCGCCGGAAAAUGGUGCAAAAUCCUCGCCUAGAAGCGUACCGGUCUCUUCCACAGGAACGGUAAAUGGUCACUCGUCAUCCUCUCUUGCGUAUGAACAUAGGAAGCAGUUGGAUGACGAUGGUAAUUACGUCCUAUAUUGGCGUUCAAAUGACACCCACAUAACGUUUCAGACCCACGUCAAGACCCAUGGAUAUGUCGGCUUUGGACUUUCUCGAACAGGUGGCAUGUUUCCUGCAGAUGUAGUCAUCGGAUGGGUUAAAGACGGAAAUGCGUUCCUGAAGGACUGUCACACUGCUGGGUACUCUGCACCUGUAGUGGACAAAUUUCAGGACUGGUUUUUGGAACACGGCGCCGAGACAGACGAUAGUACUAUUCUCACCUUCACAAGAAAGAUCGAGACUUGCGAUCCUGAUGACAUCAAAAUUACAGACGAUACUAUCAAGCUUAUAUUUUCCUAUCAUCCGGACGACCCUGUAUCAAUGGCGUCACUUCCUUGGCAUGGAGCAUCUCGUCGGGGUACCAAGAGUCUCAUGCUUUUGGCUACAACUUUAUCGGAAGAGGCAUCUGGUAUGCCAGCGAACGUCAUAACACAUGAUUUUCUCAACCAACAUUAUCUUAUCCCUCCUAAACCCACCACAUACAGAUGUACAGCAUUCGACUUCCCUGACCUCGGCAAGAAACAUCAUGUAGUAAAGGUGGAGGGGAACAUCCAGGAGGGACACACGCCAUUUGUCCAUCACAUGUUGUUGUACCACUGCGCGAAUAUCUCUCCUUCAAUGGCAAAUACCACUUACAUGUGUUAUGAAAAUGCUCCCGCGGAGUUCGUCAACUGCAGAGCUGUAUUUGCUUCCUGGGAAAUUGGAGGAGGUGCAUUUUAUUACCCGCCCGAUGUUGGAGUGUCCCUUGGAACGGAUAAAGACCCCCGUUUCUUUAUUUUGGAGACGCAUUACAACAACCAAGCCAACAUAUCGGGAAUCGUGGAUUCGUCCGGCAUCAGGAUAACCUACACUCCGGAGGUUCGCAAGUACGAUGCCGGAUUGCUCAUUGCAGGUUUCUUUGUUGACCCUUCGCAAAUCAUUCCACCACACGAGAACAGUUUUAUCUCAAAAGCGUACUGUUCCGAGUAUGAUCUCGCAAGGGGUGUUCCAGAAGAAGGCGUUAACGUAUUUGCGGUAUUGCAGCAUUCCCAUUUGUUAGCAAAAAAAUUCAGUACACGAGUUUUUAGGAAUGGCUCAGAGAUCGAACCUUUCGCUGAUGACAACUACUACGAUUUCAACUUUCAAGAAUUUCACUACCUCAAACGUGAACGUAUACUCAAAAAGGGCGACAGUAUAGAGGUGAACUGUGAUUAUGACUCCACAUCGCGAACAUCUCUUACCCUGGGAGGCCUUUCUACGUACGAGGAGAUGUGUUUGUCCCUUCUGUUGUACUAUCCACGGGUGGAUGUGGAGGCAUGUUGGAGUAUGCCCUUGUACCAAACUGUCAAUAACGACACUCACCUGGCCCAAGAGGAAAUGUACAAAUGGGACUGGUCCAAUCCUGAAUUUCGCCGGAAGUUUGAUGACGUCAUGGAUGAAACUCUGUAUCGCCAUUCCUCUUUUGGGAACUUCCUCGAAGGCGGGUGGCAGUUUCAUGACUUCCACCCACCUCAGAGAAAAAGCUUUUACGAACGACCAACAACAGACACGUGCUCUUCUAAUCCAUAG